AUGACAUCACGUUCCACACGUUCUCAAGUUAAUCAUCGGGAAAGCUCUCGUCGCGGAAGUUCACCCAAGCCUCCUAUGCCUGCCUCAGCAAAGGGCAUCGACACUCCAAGUUCAUCCUCUGUGAUUCCAGCAUACGAUGAUGAUGCUUUCGAUUUUGAAGUCACGCUCAAAGACCUCGGCCGCGAGCUUAGCGUUAUGUUCAAGGAUCUCCGUAUCGUCGGUGUCGGUGCACAUGCCUCUUUACAGCUCACCAUCGGUUCUAUGCUUAAUCCUGCUGCCAUCUUGAGGAACACUUUGGCGAUGCGCAACCAGCCUGUCAGGGAUAUUUUCUCAGGAUUCGAGGGUAUCGUUGCGCCUGGUGAAAUGCUCUGUUAUAGCUCUCGGACGACCUGGUUCCGGUUGCAGCACGUUCCUAUUGCAAACCAGUGUGGGGAAUACCAUGCUAUACAGAGCGAAGUAUGCUAUGACUUCUUCACCCCCAAAGAUAUCGCAAGACAGUAUCGUGGAGAUGUGAUCUACUGUCCUGACGAUGAUGUCCACUUUCCGACCUUGACUGUAGAGCAAACCUUGUCUUUCGCCAUCAAAAUGCGUACUCCACAUGCUCGGUUCAUAGACCAAACCCGUGAACAGUUUAAUCGUGAUGUAGUUGAUAUCCUCGUGCGCAUCUUCGGUCUUCGUCAUGCGCGAAACACUGUUGUCGGUGAUGCUGCCAUUCGUGGUGUUUCAGGAGGCGAAAAGAAACGUGUCUCGAUUGCAGAAGCACUGUCUUGCCAUGCCCUCAUUGGCGCGUGGGAUAAGUGA